AUGUCACAGCAAUUGCCGCGACAAAUGAAAGCGGCACAAAUACGUGAGUACAACGCGCCGUAUGAGCUCGUUUCGAUCGAAGUACCCAAGAUCAGAGACCAUGAGCUCCUUAUCAAGGUCUAUGCGGCAGGUUUCUGCCACUCAGACCUUCAAGUGCUCCGUGGCCAAUUCACAUGCAAACUGCCCAUGAUACCAUCGCAUGAGCCUGCUGGAGUGAUUGUCCAGAUUGGAUCUAAAUGCAGCGGAUCCUGGAAAGAGGGCGACCGGGUAGGCGCGUUGAAUUUUAAGAACGCGUGCUCUCAAUGCACCGGAUGUGCGUUGGCGCUACGGCGUCACAGCAAACUGGACCCGAGGUUCUGUGAAAGGCGAGAGAUGGCUGGGUUCAAGAACGAUGGGUGUUUUGCUGAGUAUAUGGUUGUCGAUCCGGCCACCACGGUUUUGUUACCAGAGUCUCUACCGUUUGACCAGGCAGCACCGCUGAUGUGCGCCGGGGCAACUGUAUGGGGAGCGCUCGAAAAAGCAACAGCAACCCUCGAACCUGGCGCUGUUGUCGCGAUCAUAGGAAUAGGAGGUCUCGGACACCUUGGAAUACAAUUCUCAAAGGCAAUGGGAUACCGCACAAUUGCCAUCGACACCCGAGAAGCUGCGAGAUCCCUAGCGAGCGAAGUUCCUCCCGGACUAUCACCCGAUCUCAUCAUCGACUCUACUUCAAGCGAGGCCGCCACCACUCAGAUACUUGACUUUACAAAAGGCGAAGGAAUCGCCGCUACAAUUGUCUGCACAGACUCCCUCGAUGUCAACUCCUGGGCAUUGACGCUCCUGCGCUUCGGGGGAGUCAUGGUUGCUCUCGGGUUACCUCCGGAGCAGUGGCGGUUCGAUCCCAGUUUAAUGGUGUUCCGCGAGCUGGUCAUCAUGGGGAGCUACGUUGCGAGCGCAGACUCUGUUAGAAGAAUGAUGGAAGUGGUAGAGAGGAGCGGCGUUAGAUCUCAUGUCACGCGUGUCCUAUUCAGCGAAAUUCCUAGAAUUGUGGAAGCAUACCAGGAUGGGGCUUUCAAGGGAAGACUAGUUGUCCAGGUAGCUAGCUGA